UGUGAUUGUCCCAAUGCCAUGAGUCCAGACAUUCAAAUGUUUCGACAUGGCUUUUUCCCUGCAUCAUUUAACAAGCUGAAGACCAUGUUCACCUUCAGAGUGCUAGAUGAUUUUCUGUUGGACAACCUUGAAUGUGGCACCUCAGCGAUGAAAUAUUACAGCAAGCUUCGGCAAAUGACCUCGAGCGUGUUUCCCCACCUCGUUCCGGACCGAUACAGAGAGCUUAUGAGAGUCGCUCGACAGUGGAGGCAGUUAAAGUCUAUGAAAUGGCAUGGCUUUGGGCAUAGUUCCGACAACCCGAAUGCCGGAGAUCUCGCAUUAUUCUGCCCGGCAUGUCCUCAGCCCGGGAUGAACAUAUCCUUGUCAGGGGAUGAAUCACUUGAUGACUGGAAAUACACCCGGUCAUUUGUGAUGGACGGAAAUUUCAAAGCCGAACACCUGCAUCCCAUCAAGCCAUAUGAUGAAGUAUGGCUCUCCCAUGGGUUGGGGUUUAUGGUGGGAAAGGAAAGGUAUCUGUCA